UGCGCCUCCUGUGUUGUGAGCUGACACAUGCGCUGUGACCCCGCCCCUGGUGACGUCUAUUCUCCUCGCCGAGGCCCCAGACGCCAUCAUGGUUCCUGGUGAUUCGGGAGGCGGGAAGAAGUGCUAACAACAAGUCACUCACCGCCGGUAUCCGGUCCCCUGUCACACGGUGGUCCCGACAUGUCGGGGGACAGGGAGCAGAGCUGUAGGAUGAAGAUUGUGAGCUGGAAUAUUAACGGAAUCCGAGCAACUGCUGUGGGACUAAAAGAAAUCCUGGACUCGCUUGAUGCUGAUAUCAUCUGCCUGCAGGAGACUAAAGUCACCAGAGACCUGUUGGAUGAGCCUACGGCCAUAGUGGAAGGAUAUAACUCUUACUUCAGCUUCAGCCGUGUGAGAAGCGGAUACUCGGGUGUUGCCACAUUCUGUAAAAACAGCACCAUUCCGCAAGCAGCAGAGGAGGGGCUCUCGGGGCAGCUGAUCAACCGGAAGGGGACCGUUGGCUGCUAUGGCAGCACGCAGGAGUUCUUGGAAGAGGAGCUGCUGUCUUUGGACCAAGAGGGAAGAGCCGUGAUCACACAGCACAGAAUCCUCACAUCUGAUGGUAAGGAGGACACGCUGACGGUGAUUAACGUUUACUGCCCCCGCGCGGACCCCGAGAAGCCUGAGCGCAAGGUCUACAAGCUGCGUUUUUAUCAUUUGCUCCAGAUAAGGGCAGAAAGCAUUUUGCGGAACGGCGGCCAUGUGAUUAUAUUGGGCGACGUGAACACCUCACACAGACCUAUAGACCUCUGCGACUCAGUUGAUCCGGAAGCCUUUGAGGGGAACCCAGGACGUCAGUGGUUGAACCAGUUCCUUAGUGACCCUGUUACAUCUGACAUGGGGGCUUCAGAUCCACCGAAUGGGGGCCUCUUCUAUGAUAGUUUCCGGUAUUUCCAUCCCACUCAGAAAAAUGCCUUUACAUGUUGGUGUACUGUUUCCGGAGCCCGGCAAACCAACUAUGGCACCCGCAUAGACUAUAUUCUCGCCAACAGAAGACUAGUGGAAGCGGAAUUUUUGGAUUCCAUAAUUAUGCCAGAGGUCGGAGGAUCUGAUCACUGCCCAGUCAAAGCGUUUAUGAAGUGUUGCCCUGUGGCAGCUGACAAAUGCCCACCUCUCUGUACUAAGUAUCUCCCGGAGUUUGCUGGGCGGCAGCAGAAGCUGUCUCAGUUUCUGGUGAAAAAAAGUAAAGAUUUAGCAGAUACAACCGGAGGCAGUGAGGAGCUGCCCAACACUCAGCCCUCCACCGAUGGGGCACAACCAGCUGCCAUCCGUAAGAGGGCACUGGAUAAGGUUAAUGGAAGUACAGGUAAGAAGAAUAAGUUGGGCACAAAGAGUGGGCAAGGCAGUCUGCUUGGCUUCUUUAAGCCUGCGGGGCACAAAGCAUGCCCGACAAAGGAACAAAAUAACACCCCAAUGUGCGUGGCAGAGAACGCUAAGAAUGUGGCACAGCAAGAUGGCACACUGUUAGCCUCUGUCUCCCAGAAGGGGAACCAACAGCAGGCUGCUUUCUGGAAGACGCUGUUUAAAGGGCCCCCUCCUCCCCCCAACUGUAAGGGCCACGGAGAACCUUGUGUAUUACGGACAGUAAAGAAGGCCGGCCCCAACUGCGGGCGACAAUUCUACGUAUGUGCCCGGCCCGAAGGCCACUCUUCCAACCCACAGGCACGUUGUAACUUCUUCCUCUGGGUUAACAAAAAGGCUGCGACAGACGGAUGAUCACCGUUUGAAAAUAGAUGCUGCCUUUAUAUUAUUAACAUACACUGUAGUGUCAAAUGGUCAUUGCCGUGUGAGGACAGUGAGAAGACCACCUUUGGCGUACCAGCUGUUGAACCACAGCACCCAGAAGAAAUUACAAGUAGCAAUGUGUUCUAUAUAGUGUUCCCUAGGUUUUAUCAUGUAUAGCGCCAGCUUGGUAUAUGCCUUCUGCCGUUACUUACCACCAGCUAUAGUCUAUGCACACAAGUCCAUUAUACAUUACCCUGUUUACGAUGCCGCUCUCACUGUAUUACCAGUAUUGGCCAGCUGUAAAUUGGGCUUAAAAGGCUGAGCACUGUAUUCUUUCAUCUAAGUUUUGACAUUGAUGAACUUGACCCAAUCACAUUCCUUCCUCUUGGAUCGACCAUUCCGUUUAGCUGUUAUCCUGUCGCACUGUCUUUCUUAUUCUCCCGAAAUCUAAUAUAAAGCACUUAUAUAUACAGUCUGCCCUUUUUAUAUGUGUAUAGAUUGUCUCUACUUGUCCCAGUUGUCACUGGGCUGAUGAAAGGCUGCUGUGAUAUUUUAUAAAAGAACAAAAUUUUGUACUUGUUGCUAACAAUAAAAUAUUUGAUAUAAA